AUAAAAAUACAUAUUUAAAGCAAAUUAUAUAAUUUUUGUAGGAGAAUGGGUUACGCCCGAGCAAGCCGAACUUGCUCACAAUUUUCUGUACUCAGGAGAUCGGAAAUACAUUGAACAGCCUAUUAAGCCAGCUCCUCCGCCCAUUGUAACUCGACAGCAGUUUACUUCGGCAACUAGUCAAUACCACAAUAGCUCUAAUUCCAAAACACAACAAAGCUCAAACUACUCGACAUUUAACGGGAGUAAGAUCGACGAAACAAGUUCCUCAACAAUUCAAACAAUUGGUAAUAGUAGCAAUAAAAAAAAGUAUGUAGGCAACAAUUUAAAAACACCAGACAGUCCUUCAAGAUCCCGUAGUGCAACAAAAGAAUUGAUACUGCCUCCUGAUGACUCGUUGAUGUGCAAACCAGAAUUCACCAAGCCCUUAACUAACACAAGUGUUCGCGAUGGUGAUCAAUUGACACUGACCUGUCAUGUAAAAGGUGAUCCUGAACCACACAUCACGUGGUCUAAAAAUGGGAAAACUAUUUCGUCGUCUGAUAUAAUGGAUCUGAAAUAUAAAAAUGGUGUUGCUUCAUUAACAAUUCAUGAGGUUUUCCCAGAAGAUGAUGGGGUGUAUACGUGUACUGCAACGAAUUCAAUUAGUGCCGUAGAAACAAAAUGCAAGCUAACUGUAAAACCUACGGACACAAAUUCAACCAAACGCAACAUUUCAGCUGAUAAACCACCAAAAAUUGUUAGUCAUUUGGAAUCCAGAUACGUUAAAGACGGGGAAACCGUCACUUUAGCUUGCCGCAUUAUUGGUGCUGAACAUUUUGAUGUCGUUUGGCUGCACAAUAAUAAAGAAAUAAAGCCUAGUAAAGAUUUUAAUUACACCAAUGAGGCUAAUAUAUAUAAAUUACAAAUAGCUGAAAUCUUUCCUGAAGACUGUGGCACUUACACUUGCGAAGCUUUUAAUGAUGCAGGGGAAUCAUUCAGUACGUGCACAAUAAAUGUUCUAGUACCUGGUGAAGAACCAAAGCAACCAAGUUUUACCAAAUAUCCAUCGUCAGUAACUGUACAAGAAUCUGAAACCUGCAAAUUUGUUUGUGAGACACAAGACGAAAUUCUACAGCUUUGUUGGUUAAAGGAUGGUAAAAGUGUAAAUGAGACCAGCUCGCGCUACUCAUUUACUAAAGAUGGCAACUUGUAUACAUUCUCGAUUGUUAAAAGCAGUAUCGAAGAUGUUGGCCAAUAUCAGGCAAAAGCUAUUGGUAAAAAGGGCGAAACUUUAUGUUCGUUCUCAGUUAAUGUAUUUGUGAACGAAUCGAGCUCGUAACCGCAUAAUACAAAAAAAAAUUGUAUAUACAUUUUUAAUAAGAUAAUUAAGAUACUAAUAUACCUUUAAUAUAUUAGCUAUUUUUACAAAGUAGUUAUUAACUUUUGAUUGAUUGAUUGUUUAUGCAUAUUUAUACCAAACUCUAUCGUUAUCGUUCAUCAUCAUUCGAAUAUGGACUAUUUGUUUAUUUUUUCAUUCUUUUUAGCUAGGGAACUGCGGAUCAGUUAGUUUAAUGUAUAUAAAAUAUGAUUGUAUUAUUUUUACAUAUUUCGCUUUGAAGUACGGCAUCCUCAACAUAACAUCUCUUAAAUUAAGUACUUGAAGUCGAUAUGUAUAUGUUUUUUUUAUUUGUAGCUU